AUGUCUGAUUUAUCUGAUAAAAUUUUUAAUUUUCUUACUACCUCUCCAUUAAAAAAGAUUACCGCUUUUUCCGUGGUUUAUCAAGCCAUGGAAGAAAAUCCAUAUAUUGAACAAGAUAUUUUAAGAAACAUAGUCAACGAUGCUGUUAGUUUAGCAAAAUAUAAACAUUCUCGAGAUGUGAGAGCGCAAGAAAGACUCCAAGCGGUUUCUUUGCAGGUCAAACAGAUUUUUGGAUCUGUGAGGGCUUUAGCCAAUAGGGAUAUCCUAUUAUUGGAUUCAACUCCACGAAGCGAGGAUAAUAAACCUGGGCACCCGAUGCCUGCUAGUACUGGAUUCAACUCCAAGGACCCAGAGAUUGGUAAGGAAGCAGUAGCAGAGGUGCAGGCUUGCUUAAGCAAACUCCCAGUAUCAACUGUUGAUGUAUCGAGUUUGCCUCAGCAAACAGACAAGCAAAAUAGUGUUAACACCAAGGUAAUUGAUAAUAAGGUAAUUGAGAAUAAGGAAAUAGAUGAUUUCUAUCCUGAAGAACCUGUCAAUCCUGAUCACAAAGAGAAUGAUGUGGUGCCAGAAGUACCUGCCAGCCCCAGGACAUCAGAAGAAAAGAAGAUGGACUUUUUCCUGGAUGAAGUAAAUAAGAAAAGGGUUGGCGAUGAGAUUAGGCAAUGCAAUAGGGAGAAGAAACUUCAAGAUAAUUCGAGGUCUCCCUUGAACGAAAAAAAUGAACAAGAACAAGGUUUGAGACAUGAGUUAUUUGCUUAUAUUGAAGGUAAGGGUUCCGCUACACAGAGUAGAGAUAAAGCAUUUGAUAUAGAGAUUCCCGAAUUCUCUUUAGAAGCGAUUCUAAAAGGGUCUAGUGAAGUUACAGCACAAAAUGUAGCUGAUCUAUUUAGGGUGGCAAUGAAGGCGUAUGAGGACCGAAUCAGAGAUGUCAAGUCUACAAGCAUCAUUGAUGACCAAUCGGCAAGAACAAUGGUGUAUAAUGAGAUCAAAACCCUUCUCCCCGACAUUACUGAUGUAAACUUACGUCAGAAAAUGUUCAGAGCCAAAAAAAUCUACGUACUAUUUAUGGGAAUAGGAAUAGAUAAGAUCCAAGUAGUUAGUUAUAGUGCAAGCGCGAUCUCAAGCUUGAACGAAAAUCAAAUUCAUGACAUUAUAAAAUGCUUCCCCCAAAAGGCCGACAAUACAGAUGAAUCAAUCGGCGUUACAAAUUGUAACGCGCACGUGACUGAGCAAACCGAUUCAUCAAAAUUAUCAGACACUAAG